GAUUGUGCGCACGGUGCCGAUCGCUCGCGGAGUUUCGUUGAGGUAGGCUGUAGCCACCUUCGUGCUGCGCCGUCGCCGUCGCGAUCGCGAUCCGUUCACGAACGAACGGAGUCUCGCGAAAUCGUGCGAGGAAGGUGCAAAUGAGGUGCACGGCCGGGUCCCAUUGAAGCAUCGUCGGCUACCUCGCGACCACUCGCGACCACUCGCGACCCAGGAUCUAGCCAAGUAACCAGCGCAGUCAGGCCACUUAUCAGCCGCCAUCUUGCACGAAAACGGAGUUUAUGACAGACGGAUCUGCCUGCUGUUGCAGUCGUGCGUGGUCGUGCGAAGCGAGCGAUAGGUGAAAGAUAGGUGGCAGAAAGAGAGAGAGAGAGAAAAACAAGAUAGAAAAAGAGAAACUACGAGGUCCCUUCAUGCGGUACGCGCGCCCAUCGUCGUCCCGUCAUCGUCGUCGCUUAUGCUUCAUUCGACGUGUAAACGUACCUAAGUGCAACGUGGAACAACGGAGUGUAGUCUAAGAGGUGGACGAGUAGGACUAUCAGCCGCGCCGAUAGUACGGCUCGAGUGCUAGAUAUACACACACACACAUACACACCAACGCGCGCGCGCGCACGCACGCACGCACGCACGCACCAUCGUCGUCAUCACCGUCAUCGCCGUCGUCGUCGCCUCCUCUUGCAAUGGCCAUGGAAACGCCACGGGAGCGCGAGAUUGCUGCCGAGGACAGCAUCAAGGUGGUGUGCCGCUUCCGGCCGCUCAACGACUCCGAGGAAAAGGCCGGCUCCAAGUUCAUCGUCAAAUUCCCAUCCGGCGGUGACGAGAACUGCAUCUCCAUUGGGGGCAAAGUAUAUCUCUUCGAUAAAGUAUUCAAACCAAAUGCCACACAAGACAAAGUCUACAAUGAGGCGGCAAAGUCCAUUGUCACAGACGUUCUAGCCGGAUAUAAUGGAACCAUUUUCGCAUAUGGUCAAACAUCGUCAGGUAAAACGCACACGAUGGAGGGUGUCAUUGGCGAUCCCAACAAGCAGGGCAUUAUUCCGCGAAUCGUCAAUGACAUCUUCAAUCAUAUCUAUGGCAUGGAAGAGAACCUGGAAUUCCACAUCAAAGUGUCGUACUUUGAGAUUUACAUGGACAAAAUCAGGGAUCUUCUCGAUGUGUCUAAGGUUAAUUUAAGCGUGCACGAAGACAAGAACCGGGUGCCGUUUGUGAAGGGCGCGACCGAGCGAUUCGUUUCUAGUCCCGAGGAAGUGUUCGAAGUGAUCGAGGAGGGCAAAUCGAACCGACACAUCGCGGUGACUAACAUGAACGAGCACAGCUCGCGUUCUCACUCCGUUUUUCUCAUAAAUGUCAAGCAGGAGAACCUGGAGAAUCAGAAGAAGCUUUCAGGCAAGCUGUACCUUGUCGAUUUGGCUGGUUCGGAAAAGGUUUCUAAAACCGGCGCGGAAGGAACGGUGCUAGAUGAAGCGAAGAAUAUCAAUAAAUCCCUAUCCGCGUUGGGCAACGUAAUCUCGGCCUUAGCUGACGGCAAUAAGACUCACAUUCCAUAUCGUGAUUCCAAGUUGACGAGAAUUCUGCAGGAAUCUCUGGGUGGUAAUGCCAGGACAACGAUCAUUAUCUGUUGCUCUCCCGCCAGUUUCAACGAGUCCGAGACGAAGUCGACUUUGGAUUUCGGUAAACGCGCCAAGACUAUCAAGAACGUUGUAUGCGUGAACGAGGAGUUGACAGCCGAGGAGUGGAAACGUCGCUACGAGCGUGAGAAAGAGAAGGUGGCAAGGUGGAAAGGCAAGGCGGACAAAUUGGAAGCGGAAUUGUCGCGCUGGCGACAGGGCGAAACUGUCAGACCGGAGGAACAGGUCAGCUUACUCGAGGGACCGGCGGAUGUCACUACACCGAUCAACGUCUCCAUCGAAGGCAAGCUGGACGAUAGUCCAAUGCCCGCUACACCUGGCGGCGGUCUGAUGAUGGGUUCUCUCUCGAACGAGGAGCGGCAGAAGCUCGAGGAGGAACGCGAGCGGUUAUACCAACAGCUGGAUGACAAGGACGAAGAGAUUAAUCAGCAGUCACAGUACGUCGAGAAGUUGAAGGAGCAGAUGGAUGAGCAGGAAGAACUUAUCGCCAGCGCGAGGCGGGAUUACGAACAGCUACAACAGGAAAUGAACCGAAUACAGCAGGAAAACGAGAGCGCUAAGGAGGAAGUAAAAGAAGUCUUGCAAGCUCUGGAGGAGCUCGCAGUCAACUACGACCAAAAAUCGCAAGAGGUUGAGCUUAAGAACAAGGAGCAGGAAUCUAUGACUGAGGAGCUCUUGGCCAAGCAGGUUGCCCUGAAUAACACCGCGUCCGAAUUGCAACAAUUACGCGACAUGUCGGCCCACCAGCGGAAACGCAUCGCGGAGAUGCUAGCAAACUUCCUGAAAGAUCUGGGCGAGAUCGGUGUAGCCAUCGGUGGCGAAUCUAAUGAAAAUCUAAAAGUUGCUCCGCCGGAGAGUAAUGGCAAGCUCGAGGAGGAGUUUACAGUGGCGCGGUUAUUUAUCAGCAAGAUGAAGUCCGAAGUGAAGAAUCUAGUGCAACGCUGCCAGGGAUUGGAAAGUUUUCAAGUGGAUUGCAACAAGAAAGUUUCUGAGUACGAGAAAGAUUUGGCGGAAUGCCGGCUAUUGAUCUCGCAGCAUGAGGCUCGCAUGCAAACGUUGACAGAAUCGAUGAAGGAGGCUGAAACACGCAAGCGAGGUCUGGAAGAGGAUGUGGAUGCGUUGCGCGAGGAAUGUGCGAAGUUGAAGGCUGCGGAACAAGUGCAGGCGGUUACCAACAAGGAAAAAGCGGAGGAGAAGGAAGCAGCUACAAAAAUGCGAGUAGCUUUGGAAGAACAAAUGGAUCAGCUGAGGGACGCGCAUCAGAAACAGGUCGCCGCGCUCAGAGACGAGUUGUCCGAAAAGCAGGAGCUGAUCAGCGAACUCAAGGACCUGAAUCAAAAGUUCACUUUGGCGCAUCAGCAAAUGCAGGCUGAUUAUGAGCGGCUAAAGCAGGAGGAAGCCAACAAAUCCGUCAAACUGCAGGAGUUAAUGUUGCUGAACGAGCGCCGAGAGCAAGCAAGGAAAGAUCUCAAAGGUUUGGAAGACACGGUGGCCAAAGAGCUGCAGACUCUGCACAAUCUGCGCAAACUGUUCGUUCAGGAUCUGCAGGCUAGAAUAAAGAAGACCAUUAACGCGGAAGACAAUGAGGACGACGGCGGCUCUCUCGCGCAAAAACAAAAGAUCUCCUUUCUGGAGAAUAACUUGGACCAGUUGACAAAGGUGCACAAACAACUCGUCAGGGACAACGCUGACCUCCGUUGUGAGCUGCCUAAAUUGGAAAAGCGAUUACGCGCGACGAUGGAGCGCGUUAAGGCCUUGGAGACGGCGUUGCGUGAUGCUAAGGAGGGCGCGAUGCGCGACCGCAAACGCUACCAGUACGAGGUAGACCGGAUCAAGGAGGCGGUCAGACAGAAGAAUCUGGCGCGUCGUGGACCGAGCGCUCAGAUCGCAAAACCAAUCCGCGCCGGUCAGCACCACCUUAGCAACGUGAACGCCAUCAGGACCGGCAAUCGCGAAAACGAAUGCAAGAACGCUUUCAUCGACGAAAACAAAAGAAUUCCAGCGGCUCUUAUGUAUAAUGGAUAUGCAUAAAUGUUAUAAUAAUUAUUACUGAAGAGAGUAUAUAAGGGCAAUAGUACUAUAUAUAUAUUA